AUGAAGUUCCAGCUCAUCACCGCCGUCCUCGCCUCUGCCGCCUUUGUCGCUGCCGCCCCCGCCAACAACAACGCUCUCGUCGGUGACGACAGCGAUCUCACCGGCACCACCAAGGCCGGUGACUACGUCGUCAUCUCCAAGCGCGAGGCAUGCGGCGAGGGCCGCCCUUGCUUCGGUGUCAACCGCGACGACGCCUGCUCUACUGCGGUGGAUUCGCCUGGCAGACUUGCAUCUGUCACUGAGCGAUAG